CGGGGAGGACGCGCGGCGGGACGGACUCGCGGCGGAGAGCGGGGCGACGCGGCGGCGGCGGCGGCUGCUGCUGCUGCGAGGCGGCGGGAGGGAGACGGCGGCGGCGGCGGCGACGCCGCUGCUGAGGAAGAGCAUGUGUGCAGAGUUCUGUGGCAGAAUAUUUAAGGUACGUGGGCUAUCUGUGGUGAUUACAUCUGAAGAAGGUGUGACCGGCUACAAGAAUCAGCUGAACUUGAGUAUGGAGACCCAGAAGUGCCAGCAAGCCCAGAAGAGGAACUAAUUGGAAGAAUAUUGCUAGACAUAGAAGUGGAACACGUACUUCUGCAACAAUCAUUGACUCACAAUAAAUACAUCAGUAAAAGCAUCAGCAGUGAAAUGACAGAUCCUGGUGCUUUUUGAUUCUCUGGUGGAUUUUAUUACUUAGACAUUGCUAUUGACAUUUCUAUUAUCCUGUUUAGUACAUCUUGAAUCUCUCUGUACAUAAAAAUAUAACUGGACAAUUGCGUUUUGAUACUGUUUAAUAACACUUCUGAAUGCUAAAUUGUUUGCCAAGAUGAGUGCCGAAGGAUAUCAGUACAGAGCUUUAUAUGACUACAAAAAAGAGCGAGAAGAAGACAUUGACUUGCACUUAGGAGAUAUAUUAACUGUGAAUAAAGGUACCUUACUAGCACUUGGAUUCAGUGAAGGGGAAGAAGCAAAGCCUGAGGAAAUUGGUUGGUUAAAUGGCUUUAAUGAAACCACGGGGGAGAGGGGGGAUUUCCCAGGAACUUACGUAGAGUACAUUGGAAGAAAAAAAAUAUCUCCCCCAACUCCGAAGCCUCGUCCUCCUCGACCCCUUCCUGUAGCACCAAGUCCUGCAAAAGUUGAAGCAGAGGGUGAGCAACAAGCUUUUUCACUUCCAGAUCUUACGGAACAGUUUGCACCUCCUGAUGUUGCUCCACCGAUUCUUAUCAAGAUAGUGGAGACAAUUGAAAAGAAAGGUUUGGAGUGCUCAACUUUGUAUGGAACACAAGGCUCAAGCAGCUCAGCAGAAUUAAGACAAAUUCUUGAAUGUGAUGCCUCUUCAUUGGAUUUAGAGACAUAUGAUGUGCCCACCUUAUCAGAUGCUCUCAAGAGGUAUAUCCUGGACCUGCCAAAUCCCAUCAUUCCAGCAGCUGUUUACAGUGACAUCAUUUCUGUACCUCAAGAAGUGCAGAGCUCAGAGGAAUAUGGUCAGUUGCUGAAGAAACUCAUCAGGUCUCCAAAUAUACCUCCCCAGUAUUGGCUCACGCUCCAGUAUUUGCUCAAACAUUUCCUCAGAGUUUGUAAAGCCUCCAGCAAAAAUCUCCUGAAUGCAAGGUCUCUGGCUGAAAUUUUCAGCCCUCUGCUUUUCAAAUUCCAGAUAGCAAGCUCUGAUAAUACUGAACACCACAUAAAAAUCCUAGAGGUUUUAAUCACAAGUGAAUGGAAUGAGAGACAGCCUGUACCAGCACUGCCUCCUAAGCCACCGAAACCUAAUACUGUAACUAACAACGGCAUGAAUAACAACAUGUCAUUACAAGAUGCUGAAUGGUACUGGGGAGAUAUCUCAAGGGAAGAAGUAAACGAGAAGCUUCGAGACACUGCUGAUGGUACCUUUUUGGUACGAGAUGCUUCAACCAAAAUGCAUGGGGACUACACACUUACACUAAGGAAAGGAGGAAAUAACAAAUUAAUCAAAAUAUUUCAUCGAGAUGGAAAAUAUGGCUUUUCUGACCCAUUAACUUUCAACUCUGUGGUCGAGCUAAUAAACCACUACCGGAAUGAAUCUCUAGCCCAGUAUAAUCCUAAACUGGAUGUAAAAUUACUGUAUCCAGUAUCUAAGUACCAGCAGGAUCAAGUUGUAAAAGAGGAUAGCAUUGAAGCAGUGGGAAAGAAAUUACAUGAAUAUAAUACCCAGUUCCAAGAAAAAAGCCGAGAAUAUGACAGACUCUAUGAAGACUACACAAGAACAUCUCAGGAAAUUCAAAUGAAAAGAACAGCUAUUGAAGCAUUUAAUGAAACAAUAAAAAUAUUUGAAGAGCAGUGCCAGACACAAGAAAGAUACAGUAAGGAAUACAUUGAAAAAUUUAAACGGGAAGGAAAUGAAAAAGAAAUACAAAGAAUUAUGCACAACUAUGAAAAACUGAAGUCUCGAAUAAGUGAAAUUGUGGACAGCAGGCGUAGAUUAGAAGAGGAUUUAAAGAAGCAAGCAGCUGAGUAUAGAGAGAUAGACAAGCGUAUGAACAGCAUUAAGCCAGACCUCAUACAGCUGAGGAAGACAAGAGAUCAGUACUUGAUGUGGCUGACUCAAAAAGGUGUUCGGCAAAAGAAGCUAAAUGAAUGGCUUGGAAAUGAAAAUACAGAAGACCAAUACUCUAUGGUGGAAGAUGAUGAGGACUUGCCCCAUCAUGAUGAGAGAACGUGGAAUGUGGGAAAUAUCAACAGAAGCCAAGCUGAAAAUCUGCUGCGGGGAAAGCGAGAUGGAACAUUCCUUGUUCGAGAGAGCAGCAAACAAGGCUGCUAUGCCUGCUCUGUUGUGGUGGAUGGAGAAGUAAAGCACUGUGUGAUAAACAAAACACCUACUGGGUAUGGAUUUGCAGAGCCAUAUAACUUGUACAACUCGCUCAAAGAACUGGUGCUACAUUAUCAACACACAUCACUUGUGCAGCACAAUGACUCUCUCAAUGUCACACUAGCCUACCCGGUAUAUGCACAGCAGAGGCGAUGAAGAUCUUAAUACUCUGGGUUGUUUGGUUUUUUUCUAAAGGAAGGAUUUGACAACAUUGAGGCCUCUGGAGAGAAAAGGCUCCUUUCAGCCUUACUCAAGAAUUUGAGCUGCAGUAUCAAAGCUAUCUGUCUUCAGAUGGGACUAGAGCUUUCCUUCACAACUGCAGUGGCAGAGAUCACAGUAUUAAGCUGUGAACGUAUGUUUCUAAUCUGAAGUGCUUUUUUUUUUUUAAUUGAGAAAAGAAAAACACAAGAGAAAGAAAUCCAAACCUGAUCUCCCUGCAGGGACAUAGAGGCCUUUAACCAUGGUGCUUGUUUACGACCACUUCUCAAGCUUUACCAGCUAGAACAUUGGAUUCUCCAGACACAAGGUAUAAGAUGUCUUUGUCAUUUGGUUAUUGGAAUUUCGUGGUCACGACCUGGCUUGGAUUUGGUGUUGCUGCACUCAGUGGAUCCAGACACACAGCAUUGUGGAUUUUUUGGUUUCUGGUGAAUGAUAUGUAGCAGAAUGGCACUUUCAUUUCUAAGGGACACUUUAAAAGGACUUCAGUUACAGUAUGUUGUUCAGAGUAAUUGUAAUAGCAAAGUGCCAGGAAGUGUUUUGUUUAGACGUUUAAAAAUCCUGUUUUAAGAAUAUAUUUAAGACUGAAGAAAACAGGACUUUCAAUGGCAUACAGUAUAUAAUAAUGUACAUAGUAUUGGAUGACUAACUAUCAUUGAUGGAAACUUAUCAAUACCAAACUGCUUCUCUUUUCCCUUUUCUGUUUGCUGAAAGCUGAAUUCUUAGACCAUGCUAUGCAAUACUGAAUUUUAUUUAGGCUGUAGUCUUCUCUCAAGCAUAUCUACAGGUUAAGCUUGUUUUUCUUUCUUGUUUCCUUGUCUUCUUUUUUCUUUCUUUCUUUUGCCUGAGAAUAUUUUUUCUGAUUAUUAUUUUUUGUUAUUCAUUUUGUUGUUUGUGGGUUUUUUUAAAAUGUACAGGAAGCCAGCAAGUGUUGGCUUCACAAUUAAAACUAUGAAAUAUUUUACAAUUUUCUUUCUAUAGAAUAUUGAGCUACUAGCUCAAAAUUUUAAAAGUUCGUAAUUUUUUUUUGACUAAAUAUUUUGUUGGGCAGUGCCUGAUAAGCUUCAAAGCUGCUUUAUUCAAUUAAAAAUAUAUGGACAUUACAAAAUAUCACUGAGUCCAACAAUAUUGUUUCAGAGAUAUCUUUAGAAUACGGUACCACACAAUGUUUGCUUCUUGAAGCAUUUUGAACUUCUAUCAUGAUUGUCUUUGGAUUUGGAAGACGAAAAAUUGUUUUUCCUUCUCUGAUAGUGAUUGCAGAAAAACCGGGAAAUUUGGCUACUGCCGUAGAUAGUUUGGAUCUCCUAAUGAAUCCAUUCUUCAUAGUAAAUAAAUGACUUCUUGACCUACAGUGGCAGAAUUUUUGUCAGCAUGUGAAAGUAUUUUCAUUUCAUAUGAAGGAAGUUUCUCUAAUUUGUUGCCUAGGUUUGUUUUUUGGAAUAGUAUUGGGAAAAAAAAGCUCCCACCUUUACUGAGAACGUUUGGAUACAACAUAGAGCUAAUAAGACUGGAAAAUGUCUGUUUUGAAAAUGAUUAGGCUAUCAUAUUUAACAUUUUGGAUUUAUUUUCAUGAGUUUGUAGGCUGAGGCAAUAUCAAAGUGAACACUUCUAUAAUUUCAGGCACCAGAGACUUACAGAAUUAUGGUUUAGUUAAAGGAAACAAACACAUGAAUCCCAUUAAAGCAAACUUACUAAGAAUACUGGGACAAUUCACUGUGGGUGGUUUGCAAUGGUUAUUUAUUGUCCUUACCACUGAGGAAAUUCAUACAUUGCAAACUGAUAAAGUAAUGAAGUUCACAGACAUCUUGGAAAAGUUUUGACUAAGUGAACAUAUGAAUUUAUUCUUCCCCCAAGAUGCAAAGGCAAGACCCAUUACUAUUGAAGAGAGCUAUACACACAAUCAAGAGUAAGACCCAUGGAGCUCUCUCAUAAUAGCUCUGUUUUAGAGAUACAUGUGUUUUAAUUCAAAGUAUGCAGUGCUUAUUAAGCUAUCAGAAAUAAUAAGAAAUUUGCCAGUCUCCAGUAGUUUUUAUAUUAUCUUUUAAUUUUUACAUUAUUCCUUCAUUUCUGAGGCUAUAAGGCGUUUGAUUUUAUUUUGAUUUUGUGCUUUUUUUUUUUUUUGGUGGGUUGUCUUUGGUUUCCUAUAGAUGUAUUUUCUUACUAGAAUUUAUAUCAGGAAACAAGAUUUAACCAACAUUAGUGUUUCAAGGUAGUCACCACUUAUAAAAUUACUCUGAAUGCUUUUUCUGAAUAGAAGUUUAGUCUUCAUCCCUUCCCUUCCUCAUUCCACACUCUUUUCAGGCCUGUAGGACCAUGUAAAUUUGGUUUACUAAUAACUGGUUUUUACUAUGAAAAGCACCAACAACUACUCUAGCAUGCCAGUUAUACUACUGUGCUUGAAGUUACAAAUUAGUUCAAUAUACAACAAUUUAACACUUGUAGCAAUUCAAGAUAUUCUUUGGACAUAUAUUAAUUUUUGAAUGUUAAGUAUUUUAAGAGUAAAAUUGUAUUUUUUUCUCUAUAAGCAAAAUAUAUGUAAUCUGAAUUGAUGUUUCACGUAGCAUUUGUCAAGAAAUUUUAUCGUAGUUAAGGCAUUUGGAUCUAAUUUUCCUCAUAUUAAUAAAACCUCUGCUAUGUUAGUGGGCCAUAUCCUUAGUAUGCCCAGCCUAGGAUGGAGUAUCAUUUGUUCCUGUCAUGCUGUACAACUUCUCUUCAUCUGUGGCUGUAGCAGAGGAAAAAAAAUAGUGUGUGUGCAAAUUUGACACUUGCUUUUCUUGCACAAGCAACAAUGAGAAAUAAGCACUAUAUUGUAAGGAUUAGUGCUUAUGGCUUCUUAAGGGGAUAUUCUGCCUACACAGGGUCUGUGCAAUCUGCAAGGAUCACUUACGCCCUCAAAUUGGCAUGAGUGGGUUUUCACUGGUACUUAUGUAUUGUGUGGCCUCUGCAUUUCCCUCCCUCCUUAAUGCACAGAGCUAAGUCCUGCCAAAGGCCCUAUUCACUGCAGAGUUGUUUGUCCUUAAUGUACCAUAUUGUUCACUCCAGUUUUGAUUUGAUCUCAAACAGACUAAUAUACACAGAAAAAAAGCACGUGGAUAUAACUGAAGAAACACGGUGCUUUUCUGUAUUUCUAUUGACAUGUAGUUUUUCCAUCUAAUAUAAUUCAAGGGUGGGUUUUGUUUUGUUACGUUUCUUUGGUUUGGGGAAAUUUUGUUUUACUUUAAAUCCUUGAGUUUUGCUGCACUGCAGCAGCACUUUCACAAGGCCUUUGAAAGGUACAAGACGUAACACAGAGAACCAAAACCCACAAGCAAAAUUAGGAGUUUCUGAUUUUCUUAAGUUGAAAUUUGAAUUUGCAGAUUUGGGGAUAUGUAUCUGUGCACAUGCGUGCACACUUGCUGUGUUUAUGUAUGAAUAGAUCCCAGUAUAGGUGCAUUUUCACCAAACAUGAUCAUUUUGCUGAAUUCAGUAAGUGAUAUCAUUAACUUUGUUUAAAGACACACACACAUGCACACUAGACCUUUGUGGGUGCAGCAUGUUUCCAAAUACAGUUAGAAAACUGAGUUUCUGUGUUGUUGGAUAUUUUCUUAAAAAAAAAAAAAAAAAAAAAAAAAAAAAAGCUUGUCUGUAUGGUUCAGUUAUCUAAGAAAUCUUGUCAAGCAAUCUGUAAAACCAAAUCUUCACAUUUUCUAUUUGGUGUCAACUGUUCUGUAGUGAAGAAAUGGCUUUGUCUUGUAAUUGGCAAUGAAAUAAUAAUGCUUGGGAAAACAUUCAGAUGCUUCUAAUGGGGAAAACCUCUGCCAAUUUUCACACAGUGCUUUUGCUAUGCAUGGUAUUAAGUUGGGAAAGUGAAUCCUGAUACUAUUUUUUUUCAGGGUCACUUUAGAAAUGGGCAGCUCAAAGCACAAUGCCUCCCAUGGGACAAGGUUCCAAAAUGCAAUUUUUUAUGUAGAAUCAUGUUGUAUUUACUGCAGUUGAAGACUAAACUGCACUGUGGGAGUUGGUAACGUUACAUUGCACUUGUCCUAAUGAGAUUGCAUUAGCUGCCCAAGAUGCUGCUAUUUUUUUUUAUUCUUGUUUUUAAAAAUAAAGCUCUGUUCUGUUAAAUGUCUUUAAAACAUUAAGAUUACUUUGUUUUAAAAUGGUCUUUGAGGAGGUGGAGGGUAAAGUGGGUUGUAAAUUGCCUUUACAAGGCAACAGUGAAAACAUGCCUCCUUGAAAUUUUGUUCAAGCUAUAGAGUUGAUGGAGCUGUGUCUUGUUUUUAAGUUGCUUUAAAAAUUGUAAUAAGUCUUCAAGCAAAAUAAAAGUUGUUUUGAAACUGCA